UUCUUUACAUAUGUUGUUUGUUUUCUGUUCCUGAACUCUCUGAAUUAGUGUACAUACACUUAAAAUGAAAUAGAUAGAUGUUUGAAAGUUAGCGAAAGUAAGAAGGAACGUUCCAGUGCAGUCUAGUGCAGGAACAGAAAACAAGCCUAUGUUCUGUGGCUUUACGAAACACAUUUGUUGUGUUUGUAAAUAUAAUGUUAAAAACCUUUUUAGACGAAACUUAACAAUUCAUCAGUAUUUAUAAGUGAUCGACAAAUAAUAAAAAACGCGGUGUAUCAAAUCUAACUUUACAUACUCCAAUGUCAGAAUCGGAAAAUUCAAACACAUUGGAAUGGACACGCCCCGAUCAAGUGAUGCAACUGCAUCGUAUGAAAUUAAAGAAACGCGCACUUCAAGCACGUAUAAAGAAAACUAUCAUUAUUGACACUCGACAAACUACUACGAAUUUAGAUACGCUUAACUCUAGUAGUAAUAUACUGAAACAUAUAUCUUACUGUCAGAAGCGUAAGAAUCCUUUUGCCAUUAAUGAAACAUGUAAGAAACAAAAAGAUAUAACCUCAGCUGGAUUAGAGAUUAGUAAUGACAACACAUUGUUCGAAUUGUUAAAUAUUGAAGUUCAACGAGAAAAAUCAACAGAUACAUCUAUAAAGGAUUCUUUAACUUUUGCUAAUGUUCUUUCAAAAUUGGAUUCAACUAGUCACACUCCAGAUUUCUCAAAAGGCACAAAGUAUAUUCCUAUAGAUUGGACAUUGAAAACUAUAAUAAAAUUUAUGUCACCAAAGCCUUUUCCAUGGAAUGGUAAGCUCAAGACAAGUGAAGAAGCAUCAGGUACCACAGGAUUUGUGAGAUGUUUAAAUAUUGGAGAGAAAGAGACAACUUUGGACACUAGUCCAAAUGCAAGGUUUCAUCAAUGCUGCUUAAUAUGGCAACAUCCAUCUUUACCAUGGUUAGAGUUAUUCCCUCGCUUUGCUGGCAAAGUGAGUGCAUCUCUCGUCAAUAACUCAUCAAUAGUAAAUAAUCAAAAUAUGAAAGAUGCAUUGUAUCGAGAAUGGUGUGACAGCUUCAGAUCUUUGUUUCAUUUAUUGCGAGUGAGGCAGUGUCCAUACUUUUAUGUGUGCGCGAACACAUUUACAGUGCUCUUCCGUGCUGCCGGUAUUUGUGGAUUAUCGGAGAUUCAUGCUCUUGUCACACCUACAACACGAGGAUUCCGCCAGUCAUUAAAACAAGAAGAAAUAGAAUACUCUAUGCCUUUAAGGAAGGAUUCGAAGAGACAAUCUGAUGUGACAGAUUCUGAUUCUAAGACUGCAGAUGCUAUUUCUACUAAUACUGUGGAUUGUCAGCGAGAGAAUGACAAUUACGAAGAAGAUGAUGAUGAUGAUGAAACUCAAGAUGCAUGGCUAGAGAGUCUUGGAGUAGAAAAUUCAGAAAUUAAGAAAAUUAAUCAUAACUCACAGGCGAGAAUGACUUUGGAGAAAGAAAACGAAAUGGAUAGCUUGAGACAAUCCCUUGUAUUCGUAAAAGGUGUGGAGACGCAGGCAUUGUUUAACUUUUUAAUUAAUUGUAAAUCGGCUAUUGCGGUGACUGGUGCAUUAGCCGGUAUUCCUCCUACGCUCUUGGCUCCAACGGCUUUCCAUGGUGCCACGUUAAAACCGCUUAAGGUUCGAGAAAGCGUAGUGCGCGAUAAUAACGACAAAUACUAUUCUCUCGAAUUGAAAGGACCCCUUUUACCGCAUGUACUGCCUUCUCUCUGUCAUUUGAUGAAAUCCAGUCAAUUGGAACAAUAUUCGGCAAGCUGCGCGCAGUUGGCCUCGACAACUUCUUUUUCUGCUGCGAAGCACGGCCAUGCGAUUGUCACAAAAGGAGAAGAUCAUGAUACCAUGAUAUUACCUAACAUUUUUGGGCAAGAAAAUCUAACCGAUUGUGGAUUCAACGAAGAAUUAUUGAGCCAUUUUUGCAGUCCCGACCCAGCCAGGAUAGAAAUCUUAGAUAGUCUCAAGUUUUUUAACGGACUAUAUACAUGGUCGUGACCAUAAUAAUAUGUAUAGUUUCAAAAUAACUAUGGCACCUUUAAGUAUAGAUCUUUGUACUCAUAAGAAUUAAUUUUAAAAGAAAGUAGUCAACAUUUCUUGUCUUCAGCAAUAUUAAAUUGCUGACGGCAUGUAACAUCCAAUAACGAAAUAUUGUUAUGUUUAUAAAAAUAAAAAGGUGUCUAAUGUUAUAUCUAAUAUAAUGACCCAAAUAACAAAGUGCCUAAACAAAGUCACGCAAAUUUGAUUGCUUAUGAUGUUGAUAAAUUGUCUUAUAUCUGUCUUAAACAAUUUCGAAUAUACCGAUAUUAAAACAGCAUUCGGACAAUAAUGUACAUGUGUCUUGCCAGCAAUUUAAUAACAAAGUAGCAGCAUCAUAGUUCCUCUGCAUUGUCAACAAUAUAAUAGUUGUGUGAUUUUUUAAAUUAUUAUGACAUAACGUCAACAGUACAAAUUUUAAUGAUGGUUUCAAAAUUGUUGGCAUAUCGCUGAAAAAUUGCUAUCUAAAGUUGUCAUAUUAUGAAGGUAUAUGUUUGCCAACAAAUGUGAAUUCAUUUACUGCAAUGAUUCUGAUAGCAACACAUGUAAUUGUGGGCAACACGCCAUUAACAAUAUAGACACGUUGGUAAUUACAUUUGUGCACAAUUCACUAUUGUAAACUUUAUAUUUUUAUUAACGUGUAAUUUAAUGUGUUGUAAUUUAAAUUACAAGAUGUAUACUAAUAUAUCAUAUAAAAUAGGAACUGUGAACAUUAUCGACAUCUGAUAAAGUUUUUAUUUAAACUGACAUAAUAUUGCAGUCGCCUUGACAAAACUUUAAAUUACAAAUAUAUUUUAUUUUUUACCACAAUAUAGAUUCUGUUUCAUUUAACUGGUACGUUUAUGUACAAAAUCAAAUAUUGUUUUUGCCAUUUUAUUAUAUGUAUAUCGUGUGUGCAUGCAUUUAAAAUAAAAAAGAAAGAAGGAAUGAGACCACGAUUAUAACAAACUAAUUUAGUUCGCGAUUUAAUCACGGUUGCUUUUCAUGUAGGAAGAACAAUUGCGUUGUUAAUUUAAAAGUUUCAACGUUUUUAAAAUAAAUAAUAAUGGAAUACAGUAUCAAUGAUAGUGAUAGUAACAUUAUCAUUAAGAACUGUUCAAGAACCCCGGGAAUGAAAUAGGUAGGGUCCGCACAACGGAUAGACUGCCCCUAAAAAUAACGAAUCGAUAUUCGCCCGCUGCCCCCAAAUCAGUCGCCGCACUCGCCUGGGUCACCGAGAGAGAGAGAAAGAGAGAGUAAGAGUGAGUGAGUGAGAGAGUCCAUAAUACGAAAAAUCAAUUCGUUCAUUACGUCGAGAUGCAUUUCUUUUUCUCAUGUGAAUUAUGCAAUAAUUCUCGAUCAUUUGCUUGUACGUCGCAAUUACGGUUGGUAAAUAUACCGUCUAGUUUUACCGACAAAUAUUGUCGAAAGAACAUUGUCCCGUUAGUGGCAGUGGUGCGUCGACAAAGCGAUCCAUUUGCCGCGUCAAUGCGAUGUGCGAGGCAUGGCUGUGAAUAACACGCGCCGGGAGAUUACGUCAGGGUUCGUCGCCGUAUUGCAACACCGCUGCGCCAUGUCGAGCGAAGACGAUUUCGCAUUUUAAAGUCUUCUCGAUGCAGCUCGAGUUAUACGAGCGCGCCAUUUCCAUGAGUGUUUUACUUUUGAUACUAUCCUCGCCUUUUUCUCUCUUCCCUUUCUAUGUGAACAAAUUGCUCACGAGAGAUGGAUAUCUUGUUUAAUUGUACGAUACAAACAGAAUUCGAAGGCGCUUACGGGAAAUCAACUAUAUGCCUGGUUCGAGUUCGAUACAGGUUUGAACUUCGAAAGAGAGUGUUUCAGAUGAAGCAUCGUGUUUAGGAUUAGGUUUAGGUUCAUAAUAGGAUAGAAUGUGUAGAGCUGUAUUACAAAACUGUACUCUAAAUGAAGAGCACAAGAUAGUAGAAGUCAGAGUAAGUUUCUACGCGCCAAAUAAAUUUGAAACAAAUUAGACAUUUUGCGUGAAAUAUAAUUGUGUAAGUUUGAAGGAAAAAUUACAGUCUUAAGUUUUAACUCAAUCAAUCAGAUUAAUAUUUAAAAUAUCUUGUGAUAAUUAUUAAAAUAGAUAUAAAGAAAAGGAGGAAGUUGUAAAAUACGAUUUUGUUUUUUGACAUUAACUCAAUAAAUACUAACACGACACAA